AUGUUUUGGUAUUCGUAUUCAAAAUAUGAUUAUUUAUCAGAUGAAAACUCAGAAUAUAAUAGCGAUUCUGAGGACGAUUUGCCAAAUCUAACAAGAGAUAAGCAACGAGUCUUGCAAAAAUAUAAAUAUCUUAACCGCUCUGAUUGCCCUAGAAAAGAAUACUUUUAUGUCUCAGAAAAUAUUCAAUCUGAAGGAUGGGUUAUCUGGCAAGAGUUUUCUCAUAGCUAUAGAUAUUUUGAUAACUUAUCCGAGUUUAAAAUAUGGCAUGAAUUGAUACCUGAAAACCAGCGUACAUUUCAUGAGGUUAUUCGAAUAGAACAGCCACAAAAAAUUAAGAUUGAUAUAGAUGGUGAAUUAGAAAAAUUUGCAUUAUAUCCUGAUCCUUUAGAUAGAAUAGAAAAGGCUUUAGGACAAAAAUCAUUUGAUGGUUAUAUUGCUAAUACACAUCUUCAUAUAUGGCAAAAAUCUACAGAUAUAAUGUGUAAAAAAGAUGAAAUUAGUUUGUAUAUCAAGAAUGCUUUCCGAAUUGCUAUAAAAGAGAUAAGUGGAUUGAAUCUCUCAAAGAAUGAUAUUAUUAUAGCUGAUUUCUUAAAUGAAAUGAAAUGGAAUAAACACUUGAUAUUACCUAGGUAUUUCGUUCGUGAAGAAGAUAAAAAGCUAAAAAAUGAGUCUGUUUCACAUGAGGAGAGUGAUAUUGCAAUAAAAAUAGUAGAAAAACAAUUUCCUUUUCUGUCUUAUCAAAAUUCUAAUAAUGGCUUCGAUAUUUUUGAUAGAAUUCGGCCUACAACAUGUUCAAUCUGUGAAAAAGAGCAUAUGAGAGAAGGCAAAAAAAGGGAAUCUGGUAUUGAGGUUAAUAGAGCAGAUCAUAAUAAGAAAAAAGUUAUUCUUCGUUUAGAUAGAUUAAGAGCUUGGCUUCAGCAUAGAUCACAGUCUCAUUCACAAAAUAACUUUACUGCUAUUGGAAAGAAUAUCGAAAUAUAUAAUGCUAAAACAAUGUAUAGCUAUAAUUUACAAGCUAAACUUACGAGUGGUAACCGGUACUUGAUGCUUAUUAAAGGACAUUGUGGUGUUGGCAAAUCAAAUAAGACAGCAAAAGAAAUAAGAACACUUUGUUAUUCUGAUAGAUCUUCUGUUUCAACUCUCGUCAUAUCUGGUUGGCAUUCUCUUGCUCAUGGGCAAAAAGUUCUUUUCGAAGGAUUUAAGUCUUACCUUGAGCUAGAUGCAAAAAAACUUAAUUCUAAAGAUACUCCUAAACUUAUUAUCAGUCCAGAAAGCAUUCACAAACUUGGAGCAACUGGCUAUGAUAUGAUUAUACUGGAUGAGUUUGAAACAAUCACUCAAAAUUUUAGUGGACUUACUAUAAAAAAACCAAAACUAAGUCAUGAUGUAUAUAAAUUCUUGCUUCAAUCUGCAUUAUUAAUAUUGGCUUUAGAUGCUACAUUAGAUUCAGACUCGCUUGUAUAUUUACAAAACAUUUCGAAAAUAGAUGCCAAAAAUUCAACUGUGAUAUGGAACUAG